CAACAAAUGAGACUCUGGGAUUUUUUGGGAACAACUGGGAACAAGAUGGCUGGCGAUGGCGAAGGAAACACUUACCCUCCGCAUUAAGUUUUACCUUAAGAUUGCAGCUGGGAUCCAGUCGCUGAUAACAAUAGACAGACUGAAAGCGGCAUAGUUAACAUUCUGUGCGUGUAAGUAGAUAGUCGGACGCUUCACCAUUGAGAAGAUUUUGGCAGUUGUCUUACUUUUUCCCCCCAUCAUCAGUUUCUUACUUGAUUUUUUAACCACCAGAUUACAAACUUAUUAAAGGCAAUUUUAAUCGCUCAAUUUGGCUUAGAUUUCUAACAUCUUACUAAAUUACAAGAAAAAGUGAUUCGUACGCGGGGCAGUGUGCUGGUCUGUUAUACUUUUAGGAAGGUAAAAAUGUGUCUGCGGAAAGAUAGUUUUUCAAAAGCUUGCUAAAGGUUCCUGUGGCGCGGCAGUUCUUUCUGGGUUUGGACAUCAUCUCGUAAAAAGUGAAACGUCGAGGGUAAUUGAUGUAUUAAGCGCAUCAGUGCAUUGAACAAUAUGAGCUCGAAUCGAGUUCGGUCCCAGCAGCCGCAGAAUCAGGCGGGCAGGCUCGGCGCUGGACCCUCUCUGAGUCACAGGCUGGAUCCAAGCGAAGGAAUCGAGAUGGAAAGGAUUCAUCAUCGGGACCUGGGGCUUGGGGGGUCCUCGGGGGCGUCUAGCCCACCCUCCUCCAGCUCAAGGCAAGCAUGGAGCCGUGACAACCCAGGGUUCGAACCUGAGGAAGAAAUGCUGGAUGCGGACUGGCCCCCGGCGAGCCCGGGCAGAAGGUCCGUGUCCACCGCGUCGAGCAGCAGCAGUAGCGGCAGUAGUGGGCUGGGGAGCUUUAACGGGGGGAGCAGCAGUAGCGGCGGCGGCGCGGCCCGGAUGCACCGCGGGCUGUAUCCCACCCCGGCCCCCGAAGGCCAGCAUCAGGACACGCACGGCCACCGGGACUGUGGGAAGCGAAUCCUUGAGAAAAUACGAAUUUUGUGGGGGACGCGUCUAACGGAGGACAGUGACAGCAGCAGGGAGAGGUAUUUAAAGAACGUCCUUCGGGAGAUGGUCACCUACAUCGUCUUCCUUAUCACCGUGUGCAUGUUGACUUACGGCAUGGUGAGCUCCAAUAUGUACUACUACACCAAGGUCAUGACACAGUUGUUCUUGGACACGCAGCUGUCAAGCUGUGAUACCACCAGUUUUAGAAAUCUUGGAACCAUGGAUGAGUUCUGGAAGUUUACAGAGGGACCACUUCUUAAUGGACUCUACAGGGAAGAUUGGUACAACAACAAGACUGUUUCUGAGAAUCAAACCUUCAUCUACUACGAGAGCCUCCUUCUGGGGGUUCCACGACUGAGGCAGGUGAAAGUGAGGAACGGGUCCUGCUAUGUCCAUGAAGACUUGAAGGAUGAGGUGACAGAAUGCUACGGCCUGUACUCCACCGCCAACGAGGACGCAUCUCCGUUUGGGCUCAAGAAUGGAACCGCGUGGGUGUACACGGACGCAGCCCUUACGAACGGAAGCAGCUACACUGGGGAGAUCACCACCUACAGCGGGGGAGGGUACUACCAGGACCUGUCCCGCAGUAGGGAGACAUCGGCUGCUCUGCUGCACUUGCUCAGGACCAACCUGUGGAUAGGCCGGGGCACCCGGGCAGUGUUCAUCGAUUUCUCCAUCUACAACAGAAACAUCAAUCUCUUCUGCAUCGCCAAGCUGGUGGUGGAGUUUCCGGCCACUGGGGGCGCUGUGACCUCUUCACAGUUCCAGACAAUCAAGCUGACCCGUUAUGCGUCUGGCUGGGAUUACUUCAUCGCGGCCUGCGAGGUCGCCUUCUGCUUCUUCAUCAUAUACUACUUCGUGGAAGAGGCCUUGGAGAUUCGUAUACACAGGCUCCAAUAUUUCAAAAGCUUGUGGAACUGCCUGGAUGUGCUUAUUGUUCUGCUCAGCAUCCCUGCCAUCAUCAUCAGCAUUUAUGGAACGUCCACGGUGAGCAGUCAGAACCCUCUGGAAAACCACGACACUUACCCCAGUUUUGAGCAGAUGGCCAAUCUGCAAUUUGACUUCAACAGUCUAGCAGCUGUCAUUGUCUUCUUCUGCUGGAUCAAGCUCUUUAAAUUCAUCAACUUCAACAGGACGAUGAGCCAGUUAUCGACCACCAUGUCUCGCUGUGCCAAGGACAUCCUGGGAUUCGCCAUCAUGUUUUUCAUUAUAUUCAUCGCCUAUGCCCAGCUGGCCUACCUUGUGUUCGGGACACAGGUCAACGACUUCAGCACCUUCAAGGCUUGCAUCUUCACACAGUUCCGUAUCAUCCUGGGUGACUUUGAGUUCUCGAAAAUUGAAGAGGCAAACCGAAUCUUGGGCCCCAUUUAUUUCACUACCUUCGUCUUCUUCAUCAUAUUCAUUCUGCUGAAUAUGUUCUUGGCCAUCAUAAAUGACACCUACUCUGAAGUAAAAGCUGACAUGGCUCAACACAAGUCUGAAAUGGAGCUGGCCGACCUCAUUAAGAAGGGCUACAACAAGGCAAUGGUGAAGCUCAGGCUGAAGAAGACCACAGUGGAUGACAUCUCAGAGAGCUUCCGGCACGCUGGAGGGAAGCUGAACUUUGAUGAGCUGCGGCAGGAUCUGAAAGGGAAAGGGCAUACCGACGCAGAGAUUGAAGCCAUCUUCGCCAAGUAUGACCACGAUGGAGAUGAGGAGCUUACAGAGCAUGAACACCAGCAGAUGAGGGAUGACUUGGAGAAGGAGAGAGAGGACCUCGAGCUGGAGCGUAGCUCCCUGGCCCGUCCAGUGAGUGGGCGGAGUUUCCCGCGCAGUCAGGACGACUCAGAGGAAGACGAUGACGAGGACAGUGGCCACAGUUCCCGUCGCCGUGGCAGCAGCUCGGGGGGUGUCUCCUACGAAGAGUUUCAAGUGCUGGUGCGGCGUGUGGACCGCAUGGAACACUCCAUCGGUAGCAUCGUCUCCAAGAUGGACGCCGUCAUUGUUAAGUUGGAGGCCAUGGAGCGAGCCAAACUGAAGAGGCGGGAUGUGCUGGGCCGGUUGCUGGAUGGGGUGAUGGAGGAUGAGCGGAUGGGGAGAGAGAGCGAGGUGCACAGGGAGCAGAUGGAGCGCCUGGUGAGGGAGGAGCUGGAACGCUGGGAGUCGGACGAUGCGGGUUCGCAGGUCAGCCACCAGCUGGGGGCGGUGCUCGCCACCGGGGCUCCCCCCCGGCCCCGUGGGUCCCGCCCCUCGUCCUCACAAUCGACCGAAGGCCCAGACCCGGGGGGUAACAACGGCGCGCACCCAUAAAAUCACCCCAGCUGGCAUAAUUCUGAUCACAGCUGUAAGUGGUCCCUAUAACCACUUAAAUAUGUGUUUUUUCAAAUUAUAUAAGCUUUUUAAAUCUGGCCUGCACCUCAGUUCUUUGCAAAUUGUGAAGUAUUUAGUUAAGUACAGAAAUUAAAUUAUUUUAAACUUUGAAAUUACAACGGUACGGUAUAGCAGUUGAUUUCCGUGAACUGUAAUGAGGGUGAACUUGAAUCUUGAAUUGAUGUGGAUGGGUGCUUAUUUUAGUGAGAGCAGUCACUGUGUAUCCUUCACAUUGACCGUACACUCCAUAAGUGAAGGAAGCCACACCACCCGAAUCCCCAAAGCAAGCGUGGACAGCAGCUGUUGUUAGUCGUACCCCUAAUCUGCACUCUCAGAAAAAAUGGUAAAAAUUUGUACCUUUGCUUGUCACUGGGGCUGUACCCUCGAGGAUCUACCAAUUGUACCCUUGUAGGUAAUUGUACCUUUAAGGCACAGAAAUGGACUUGGGAACAUUUUUGUACCAUUGAUGGUACAUUAAUGCUGUUUGUACCUUUGGGAUGUUCCUUAUACUAGUUUGUCUGUAGCUCAAAAGGUUCAGUUACAAGGGUACAGCCCCAGUGACAAGCAAAGAUAGUUUGUUUUUUUUGUUUUUUUACACUUUUUUCUGAGUGUAUACAGGUUGCACACAUUUGUUUUCUGAUGAAUUUUAAUGAAAAUGAUAUUGCUGAAGGAUGGUCAGCGGAUUACGGAUAAAGGUGCACCAUUUACUUUGCCGUUUUUAAUUUGAGGAUUAUAGAGCAUGGGCUUUAUAGACGAAUUUCUGCAAAACAGGCUAAUUACGCACUAAGGCUGGAUAGUUUAAAGCUUUUCACUGGUUAAUCUCCGGAACCUUCUGCCUUUCGCAGCUUGCUUCCGUCUGUCUAACACAGGCCCACGUUGCCGUAUAGGAUGUCAUAUUUUCGAAGGUAUUACUCUGUAAUGUUUUAUGCAUGACACCUUUAACAAACUUCGAUUUGAAGUGCACGUAGUUUCAUGGGAAACCCAUAUGUAAGACUGUACUAUACCAUGCGGAAUGUUCUGGUCUAUUCAUGUAUAUUUUUUCAGGACUUAUUAAAGGAGUUUUUAAAAUACAUAA